CUGAUAGAAGUGGUCUACUCCACAGUCCACACCAAGCGAUCCCCAAUCCGCCCAGCUGCAACUUCCCUCGCUGCUUCCACCGGCGUCGAACCACCAAGAACAGGCGGCGUUGACCGAGCUUGGAGGCGUCCGGCGGAGUGAAGAUGGCGGCGGCACUCGGCCCGGCGGCCACGCUCCUUGGCAAGGUGUUCACGAUGCUUUCCGCAGCCCCGGUGGCGGCGUACGUGGACAGCCUCGAGCUCGGCCACAACUCCGAGCAGAUCAAGGCCAAGCUCGCGCACACGCGAGGCCUGCUGCACAACGCCCAGGUGAGCGACGCCGGCCACAACCCUGGACUGCAGGACCUGCUGCCGGUGUUGAGCAGGAACGCCGACCAGGCGGAGGACCUGCUGGAUGAGCUCCACUACUUCCAGAUCCAUGACAAGCUCCACGGCACCAGCAUCGCAACCACCCAGCCCAAUCUUCUCCACCAUGGUCGCAAUGUUCUCCGCCACACUGCCACUAGCUGGGCCGCAUUCUUUUCUUGUGCCAAUGAUGCUCAUACCUUACAUUUCCAGCCAGUGAUCAUGUCCAGGAAGAUCAAGUCAGUGUUACAGGACAUGCAGACCCAGUGUGAUUCCAUCUCCGAUUUGCUCAGCAGUAUCCCAAGCAGCAGCAUGGCAGUCGCCCUACUACACCGGCCUCAGAUUGGAUCCACAAUUAUGCAAGACACACUGUAUGGUAGGAGAGACACGUUUGAGGAAACGGUCAAUCGUAUCGUCAGCUGCAAACAGACCGUUUCUGUUCUUCCUAUAGUUGGUCCAGGGGGUAUUGGAAAGACAACUUUCACCCAACACCUCUAUAAUGAUGCAAGGGCUGAAAACCACUUUGAAGUCAGGGUCUGGGUAUGUGUAUCGACCGAUUUUGAUGUGCUCAAGCUCACCAGGGAGAUCCUUGGCUGCAUACUUGCAACUCAAGAAGAAGGAAGCAGCGGUGCUGCAAAUGAAACACUCAAUUUAGACCAGCUUCAGUUAUCCAUAGCGUGUCGUCUCAAGUCCAGGAGAUUUCUAAUUGUCUUGGAUGAUAUAUGGAAAUGUGAUGGAGAGAAUCAGUGGAAAACCUUAUUAGCUCCCUUCACAAAGGGGGAAACCAAAGGAAGCAUGGUACUUGUCACAACUCGAUUCCCCAAGGUAGCAUGCAUGGUGAAAACAGUUGAUCCACUUGAACUGCGAGGUUUGGACGCUAAUGACUUCUUCACAUUCUUUGAAGCAUGUAUAUUUGGUGAUUUCAAGCCUCAGGAUUACGACGAUGAGUUAGCUGGUAUUGCAGCAAAAAUUGCAAAUAAGCUAAAGGGUUCCCCAUUGGCAGCCAAAACAGUUGGUAGACUAUUGCAGAGGGAUCUUUCUCCCGAACAUUGGAAUGGAGUUCUUACAAAGCAUGAGUGGCUAAAGCAAAAAAGCGAUCAUGAUAUCAUGCCAUCUUUAAAAAUUAGCUACGACUACCUCCCUUUUGAUAUGAAGAAAUGCUUUCCAUAUUUUGGCCUUUUCCCUGAAGAUUAUCGGUUUCAUAAUUCAGAAAUGAACCUCUUUUUUGUUGUGAUUGGCAUCGCAGACUCUGCUCACCAAGUAGACAGAAAUUACUUGGAGGAACUAGCGGACAACGGUUUUCUCAUGAAGCAAGUUGAUUAUAAUGGUCGAUACUAUGUAAUGCAUGAUUUAAUGCAUGAGCUGUCUAAGAGUGUUUCUGCACAAGAAUGCCUCAGUAUAAGUGACUUAGAUUUCAGAGCUGAUCCCAUCCCGCAAUCUGUUCGACAUGUAUCUAUCACCAUAGAGGACAGAUAUGAUGAAAGUUUUGAGAAAGAAAUGUGUAUACUAAUGGGUUGGAUAGACAUUGCUAAUCUGCGGACUUUGAUGAUUUUUGGAGAAUAUGAAAAAAGAAUGGCCAAGAUUUUAAAAGAAUGCUUCAAAGAAAUAAAUAGUCUGCGUGUUCUUUUUAUGACAGUGAACUCUUCAGAAUCUUUCCCACAUAGGUUUUCAAAACUUAUCCACCUCCAAUACCUCAAAAUUAGGUCACCUCACACGGACAAAGUGAGUUUGCCUAGUACACUAUCAACAUUUUAUCACUUGAAAUUUUUGGACCUAGAUGAUUGGCAUGGUAAUUCUGAUUUGCCUGAACACUUUAGCCACCUUGAAAAUUUACAUGAUUUUUGUGCUGGAAGGGAACUCCACUCCAAUAUUCGAAAUGUUGGAAAGAUCAAGCAUCUGCAGGAACUAAAAGAAUUUCGUGUAAAGAAGGAGAUCAUGGGAUUUGAACUGAGAGAACUCGGGGCAUUGACAGAGCUUGGAGGAAAACUGAUUAUAUGUGGUCUUCAACACGUGUCAACCAAGGAGGAUGCUGUUGCUGCUAAACUGAAGUUGAAAAAGAGUCUGAAUGAGUUGAAAUUGCUUUGGGACAGAGAUCGACCAACUAUAGGUGUUGAUAUUCUUGAUGCUUUUCAACCACAUUCUAAUCUUAGAGUGCUUACAAUCGCAAAUCCUGGUUGUACCAUUGGUCCUAGUUGGCUGUGUCUUGACAUCUGCUUAACAAGUUUAGAGACUCUCACUCUAGAAGGCGUAUCUUGGAACACCCUUCCACCUUUUUGUAAGAUACCAAAUCUCAAGGUACUCACUUUGAAGAGAAUUUCUGGGAUGCAUCAGUUUCGAUGUGGUGGCACUCCAGGGAAAUGUUUUAUGCGCUUGAGGACAGUUGUGUUUCUUGAGAUGCCAGAUCUUGCCGAAUGGGCCGCGGAACCAAAUUGCCAUUGCUUUCCAAGUCUUGAAAUAAUCGAAUGUGUUGGGUGUCCCAAUCUGCAUGUGAUGCCCUUCUCGGAGGUGUUUUGGACCAAUUUGUGCAAACUGUAUGUUUCUUGGUGCCCCAAGAUGUCUCUGCCCUCCAUGCCUCACACCUCUACACUGGCAGAAUUGGUUGUUAAAGGAGAUAAUUACCAAAAGUUGAAGAUAGUUGCAAAGAGAUUGGUUGUUCGUGGGUAUGGCGGUGAUUUGGACUUCCACAAUCUGGGUAAAGUAGAAGAUAUGACUAUUAAAGAUGUAUCACAUAUUUCAGUGACAGAUAUCAAAAAGCUCGAAGUCCUAAAAAAACUAGAUAUCGGUAGAUGUGAUGGCUUGUUCCCUGGAGAUCUGGAUGGCAGUAUUGUCCUCCAUUCAGUGAGGACCCUCAGUUUAGAUGUAUCUCAUCUUACCAGCAAAUCAUCGGCAAAAGUGUUAAACUGUUUCCCAGCUCUUUCUGUGUUGAAGAUAGAGGGUUCAUAUCGAGACGAUGAGGAAUGUGUAAUGCAGCUCCCAUCAUCCAGCUCAAUGCAGGAACUUAGCUUUUUUUACUGCAAGAGCCUGGUCCUUGUGCCUGUGGAGAAUGGAGGGGCACUUCAGCAGGACAACUCAUCGCUCCGGUCAUUAGAAAUAAGGAAUUGUGGCAAACUCUUCUCUCGGUGGCCCAUGGGAGAAGCAGGAGGGGGAAUUCAGCAUGCUUCUCUCGGUGGCCCUUUCCCUGCUUCCCUCAGGGAACUUUAUGUUAGAGAUGAGCCAAGCAUGAAAUCAAUGGUUAUGCUCUCAAACCUCACCUCUCUCACCAGUCUAAGUCUUGUAGAUUGCAAUAACUUAACAGUGGACGGAUUCAAUCCUCUCAUCACAGUCAACCUCAAAGAACUGAAAGUCAAUCGGUUCUUAGAGGUGCCAAAGACCGGCAUCACCGUAGGAGCAGUAGAUCUGCUCUCAGAGGUGGCAAGGAACAAAUUAAUGCCUGCAGGUUACAUCUCUAGACUGGAGGAACUCACGGUGGAUAACAUCUCUGGAUUGCUUGCUGCUCCUAUUUGCAACCUCCUCGCCCCAACCCUCCACACACUCAAAUUCAUUCAUGAUAAACAAGCGGAAAGCUUCGCGGAAAAGCAAGAGAAAGCGCUGCAGCUCCUCACCUCCCUCCAGAUUCUAGAAUUUGGCUGGUGCGAGGGUCUGCAGUCCCUUCCUCAAGGGUUACAUCACAUUUCUUCUCUCAAGGAGUUACUUGUCCUUGAUUGUCCAAAAAUCCAAUUGAUGCCCGAGAAGGGGUUCCCCAUUUCACUGAGAAAACUACGCAUACAUCCUCGCAGCACUGAGAUAAAUGAGCAAAUUGAGAAUAUCAAAAGAACAAAUCCAGAUUUAACCGUCCCAGGUUACUGACAUACAAUAAUAAAAUCAGAGGAUGCAUGCCCCUGAUUUAUUUAUAUGGUCAACGUAACCCAAGGGUAGCAGGUUCCACUCCACCACUGUUGCAGUCUUUUGGUGCACAUAAGUUGUCAAACCUGAACACUAAUCAGCUGGUUAGGACACCGAAAGCUGACUUCUGCUCCUUCAUUUGGUUGCUUGGCAGCCUAUUUUCUUUCCCGGGCUACAUCACCCUUCUAGAAUGACGUAUUACUGCAUUACAGCUUGCAUCGAGAGGCAGACUUGAAGACUAAAGUGAUACCAGAUGGACCUAGAGAAGUGGAAGCAGAUUUUUCGCAUGGAAUUAUCCUUCUGCUGUUUUUUGCAUGAAGCAGCAGAACUGAACUGGCAAAUACAAGUUGGCACUAUUAACAACAAAGAGGAGGAUGCACCUGAUAUAUCAUAAAUCUAGCAGAGAAGUUACCUUAGCUGAUGGUCCAUUUAUUUUAUAGAAUGGCAUGAAUAUAUUCUUCCUAGUAUCGUCGAAUUGAUUUUGUGAAGGGCUGUCCUUCAAGAACCUGAUAUGUCAUAUAUGUAGCAGAGAAGCUAUCUUAGCUGAUGCUGCAUUUAUUUUAUAGAAAUGGAACGAAUUGCAUCAUUUAUGCUGGGACAGAGUAAAGUCCGAAACUAUUUUACCCAGCUUACUCGCCACAACAAACUACUGUACCCAGCUACAGUCUUGCACGGAGAAUGCAUACAAGCUUUAGGUUUCAUUUGGGAUUGAUCCUUCGUACUACUAAGAACAAUGCCAGCCCCAGUAGUGAAUUCCGCAGUUGAUCCAGGACAUAGCACAUGUAUCCAAACAAAUAAACAGGAAUGAAGCGAUUGUCUUGAUAUGCUGAAAGGUCAGCAGGAUGUUGCUUCGUGAUGGCUACAUUCCUCAAACACCUGAUAUAAUAUCGUAUAUGUAAGAAAGGAGCUAUUUUACAAGAUGACACAAAUGACAAAAGUGCAGUAUUUCUGAAACAGAUUAUUAUCUGCUCACUGUUUUGAUCAGCCUGUCCUACCACAAAGGUUAUGCUGGUUGCUGGGGAAAGCACCCAAAGCGUUGUACCCAACUAUCAUCCUUUACAGAGAUUGUAAUUGCAUAUGGUACGAGCUUAGGUUUCACCGGCAUUGAUUCUUCACUGUAAGGUAAUGAAUGAUUAGCCAUUCAUACCAGCGAGUUCCUUUUUCCUUGUUCAUAGUUUCUGCCCCAAGUUCGUUUACUCGAAAUCUUCAGACGAAUCACAGCCCAGCAGUGAAUUUUGGAUUUGGCGUUCAGGACACAGCUCUUCAAUACAAACAAUAACCGUCCUGACAGGUUGAAGGACCCGUGGAAUCCUGCAAUGGCUCGUUCAAAUUUCAAAGGUGUUCCAUGCUGACCGCAAUGGGAUGUCCUUGGUUCCUUGAGGGCUUUGUUGGGUGACAGCGAUGAUGUAUGCGGCACCGAGCAAGCAGAGCAGGGAGGAGUACAUUUUAUUUCGCAAUUCACAUGCAAAGGCUGUCAAGCUGUGAGGCUAUUGGAUUCCAGCCUUCUCGGACGAUCACGGCUACAAAAUAUUUUGUUUUGCUUGUGCGGAUUAGUAGAAUUGUGUUCCUUCGUAGAGUAUUUACAUUCGAGCACGUAGAAACUUGAUCUUCCAGUUCCUCUUAGAGUCCGAGGUUGUAUAUUUUCUUAAACAGCGUUCUGAUUGUAAUUUUGUUCUGUGACCACGGUCAAACGGAUCAAGGAUGCUGCCGUUGUUCGGCGUAAUUGUUGUUAGCAUACUGCUAGCUAGUACAUGCCCUGAUUGUGAAACUCACUCAUGCUUCAGGUAGCACAACUUUUA